AAUCGAAAUACAUAUAUAGAUUAAUUGGUUGAAUAUUUAGUUACAUAGCAUUAUUUAAAAUUUUCAGUUAGAACACAAAUUAUUCAACCACCUGUGGAUACAAGGGUGCUGUUGGGGCAAACCGCUACACUGCAGUGCAAAGUUUCUUCGGAUCGAGCUGUUCCAUAUCAUCUAGAAUGGUUCCGUGAUAAACAAUCCAUCAACCCUCGUGGCUCUCAACGCAUCCGCAUCCUCCCUGACGGCACUCUAGAAAUCGAAGCAGUCCGCGCCAGCGACGUCGGCCACUACACAUGCUCAGUCCGUUCACCAGGCGGCAACGAAACACGCUCUGCCCGAUUGGCUGUGAUCGAAUUGCCGUUUUCCCCCACCAACGUGAAGGCGGAACGAGUGGAGGCGGGCUCGCAACGCGCUGUCAACGUCAGCUGGACGCCCGGCUUUGACGGGAACAGUCCGAUCAAGAAGUACAUCGUGCAGAAGAGGGAGGUGCCGGAGCUGGUACCGCCGAUUCCAGGUCCCAUUCCUGAUCCAUUGCUCAACUGGGUCACUGAGCUGAGCAACGUGUCCGUGGAGCAACGAUGGGUGCUAUUGACCAACCUGAAAGCUGCUGCGACGUACCAGUUCAGGGUCAGUGCUGUCAAUUCGGUGGGGGAGGGACCACCGUCGGAGCCGAGUAAUGUGGUCAUGUUGCCGCAAGAAGCGCCUUCUGGACCACCUGUGGGAUUCGUUGGAUCUGCCCGAAGUUCUUCGGAAAUAAUCACCCAAUGGCAACCGCCGUUAGAAGAACACAGAAACGGGCAGAUAUUAGGCUAUAUUAUUAGAUAUAGGCUGUAUGGGUACAACGACGUUCCGUGGACCGUUAGAAAUAUCACAAACGAGGCUCAAAGGAACUACCUCAUAACAGAUCUGAUCACGUGGAAAGACUAUAUCGUUCAGAUAGCUGCUUACAACAACAAAGGCGUGGGCGUUUUUACGGAAGGCGCGAAGAUAAAAACCAAAGAAGGAGUACCUGAAGCACCACCUACAAUCCAGCGAGUGGAAGCACAGAACUCGACCACCAUCCAGAUCUGGUGGAUCCCUCCCGAUCCUCAAAAAAUCAACGGCAUCAACCAAGGCUACAAAAUACAAGCGUGGCAAUGGCAUCCUAACAAGAACAAGCACGUUGAAACCAGCAUGAUGACAGUUCAUCCCAAUCUGCUGGAUCCGUAUGCAGAACAGACAGCUGUCAUGACCCAUUUGGAGAAAUUUACUGAGUACAAUGUGACGGUGUUGUGUUUUACGGAUCCUGGCGAUGGGGAAAUGAGCGAUUUCGUGUAUGUGAAAACCAAAGAAGAUGUACCUGAUGAAGUAUCCAGCCUCCAGUUCGACGAAAUCAGCGACAGGGCGGUAAAAAUAAUCUGGCAACCACCAAAAAAAUCCAACGGCGUUCUAACCGGUUACCAACUGACCUACAUGAUCAAAGAUGAUCCAGACACGCUGAGGGUGAAAAAUCUCUCUGCCGACGUACUGAGUACAAAAGUGAACGACCUGCAAGCGACCACUCACUACCGGUUCGAAGUUACGGCAUUCACGGCUGUAGGUCCUGGACCUUCCAAGGUGGCGAUUAUACAGUCAGGGGUUGAACCGGUGUUGCCACAUCCCCCUUCGAAGUUAGCUUUGUCGAACAUCGAAGCGUUCUCAGUGGUACUGCAGUUCACUCCGGGGUUUGACGGAAAUUCAUCCAUAUCGAAAUGGACAGUUGAGGCUCAAACGGCGCGCAACGCCACUUGGUUUGUUGUAUAUGAAAUUUCCGAUCCAGACGCCAUAACAAUCACCGUCACUGGUUUGGUGCCCUUCACGAUAUAUCGACUGAGGUUAAUAGCAAAUAACGUUGUAGGGGCGUCUCACCCUUCAGAACCAACCAAAGAAUUUCAGACCAUCCAAGCUCCACCAGCUCAUCCACCAAAGAAUGUUACAGUUAGAGCUAUGAGUGCUACGGAGCUACGAGUUAGAUGGAUACCAUUACAACAAAUCGAAUGGUUUGGCAAUCCGAGGGGUUACAACAUCACUUACACCGAGGUACGGACUGGAUUCGCUAAUAGUGCAACAAUUGAAGAUCACACUGCAAACUCGCAUGUAAUCAUUGGUCUCGAGGAGUACGCCCUCUAUGAAAUAAAAAUGCAAGCUUGUAAUGAUGUUGGCUGUUCACCAACUGGACCGAAGGCUCUCGAAAGAACCAGAGAAUCAGUGCCAUCUUUUGGACCGUUGAACGUUGAAGCGAACGCCACUUCUUCAACGACAAUCGUUGUGAAAUGGGGUGAUGUACCUAAGGAGCACCAAAAUGGACUGAUAGAAGGCUUCAAAGUAUUUUAUGCUGCCGAAAGCAAAUCGCCUGCUCAGUACAAACAGAUUCCUAACAAUUCCACAUUCACAACUACCCUGACCGAGUUGAGAAAGUUUGUGACGUACCACAUACAAGUACUGGCGUACACCAGGCUAGGAGAUGGAAAACCAAGUAUACCGGCAGUUAGUGUCAGAACUUUCGAAGAUGUCCCUGGAGCUCCGUCCAACGUUUCGUUUCCGGAUGUAUCGCUAACUUCCGCGAGGAUUAUCUGGGAUGUACCUGAAGAACCUAAUGGCGAAAUACUUCACUACAAAGUUACAUAUCACAUAGAUGGCGUGAAGACUAACAUGUCUUCCAAGGAAUUCCCUGCUACAGACAGAACAUUCACUGCUAUUCAUUUGGAGCCAGAGCGAUACUACAUGUUUUACAUCACUGCUCAAACGAGGUUAGGAUGGGGAAAGACGGCGCAAGCAUUAGUUUUCACUACGAAUAACAGGGAAACACCUCAACCACCUUCAGCACCUCAAAUCAGUCCCAGUCAGAUCCAGAGUACGCAGAUCACUUUUAACUGGACACCUGGAAGAGACGGAUUCGCUCCUCUGAGGUAUUACACUGUACAAAAAACAGAAAACGGUGGUCCAUGGCAAACAUUACCAGAAAGAGUCGAUCCAUCUUUGACUUCAUAUACGGUGUCAAACCUGAAACCGUACACAUUGUAUCGAUUCAGAAUACAAGCUACUAAUGACAUCGGACCCAGUAGAUUCAGUCCUGAAUCCAUUGAGGUCAGGACGUAUCCUGCAGCUCCUAGCAAAGGUGUAGCAAAGCUGAAAGCAGUCCCAAUAACUACAACAAGCGUUGAGGUAUUCUGGGAGCCAGUCGAAGAACAGUGUUGGAGUGGAGACAGUAAAAGUGGUGGAUACAGGGUGAUUUUUCAACCGGUAUCAGAUUUUCCGACAGCCUUGCAGUCUACUCCUAAAGAAGAAAUUAUGGGCAUAAAUGCGAGCAAAAUGGUUCUAAGCGAACUCCUGCAAGACAGGAACUAUGAAAUCAUAGUAGUACCGUUCAACAAUCAAGGAGAAGGUCCGGCAAGUCCUCCUAUUACGGUGUAUGUAGGAGAAGCUGUGCCUACUGGAGAACCAAGAGGUUUGCAAGGGGAACCAGUAUCUUCUACUGAAGUUAGAUUGAGGUGGAAACCUCCACAACACCAUAUGCAAAAUGGCGAACUUCUGGGCUACAAAAUAUUUUACCUAGUGUUGAAUUCGCCCCAAGAACUGGAAGAAGGCAAAAAGUGGGAAGAAGAAAUUGAAGUGGUACCAGCUUCCACUACGUCUCACAGCUUGGUGUUUCUGGAUAAAUACACCGAAUACAGGAUACAAAUAUUAGCGUUCAAUCCAGCCGGUGAUGGUCCCAGGUCUCAACCGAUCAGAGUGAAGACUUUACAAGGUUUGCCCAGUGCACCAGUGAAUCUAAGGUUUACUGAAAUUACGAUGAACAGCCUGGUGGUGUCAUGGGAUCCACCUAAGAAGAGGAAUGGUGAUAUCAUUGGGUACAUUGUCACAUACGAAACCACAGAAGAAAAUGAACGUUUCAGCAAACAGGUCAAGCAAAAAGUAACGACCACGUCUCUGCAAGUAACGAGUUUAGAAGAAGAGGUGACAUACACUUUCACAGUUAAAGCACAAACGAUUGAUUAUGGGCCACCGAUUUCAAGCAACGUAACCACAGGGCCUCAAGAAGGAUCGCCAGGUACCCCCAAAGAACUGAUGUUACUGAAAACUUUAUCGAGCGUAGAGCUAAGGUGGUUGAAUGGUCCUACAGGCAAAGGGCCUAUACUUGGUUACUACAUUGAGUCACGGAGAAAAGACGAUACUAGGUGGCAGACUGUAGCAAAAACGACCAACGGACCCCUGCAAGAAUUCACCGUCUCUUACCAGAGCUUACUACCGUCCACGUCCUACAAAUUCCGUGUGAUACCUUACAACAAAUUCGGUAUCAGCUACCCAGCUUACGCCGACGAAUCGGUUUUGACGCCGUCGAAAUUGUAUUUGGAAUACGGAUUCCUGCAAAAGAACCCGUUCUAUAGGCAGACGUGGUUCAUGGUGGCUCUAGCUGCGACCUCGAUUAUAAUCAUCAUUAUGAUCAUUGCGAUACUCUGCGUGAAGAGCAAAAGUUACAAAUACAAACAAGAGGCCCAGAAAACCUUGGAAGAAUCGAUGGCGAUGUCGAUGGCCGACCACAACGACAUCCCGGGCGAGUACUAUCGGGCGACGCGCAACGGCACCGCCUCCGGCGCAUCAGCUGCCGCAGCGGCGAUGACCGCGUGCGCCGGCGGCGGCACGAUGAGCAGCGGCAAACGGUCGACGCUGUCCAGGAGCAAGGGCGGGCACGGCGUGCCGCCCCAAGUGCUGGGCAGGUCGCCGCCGAGGCCGUCGCCCGCCUCCGUGCCCUACAACUCGGACGAGGAGAGUUUGAAGGGGUACGACGAAAGGGCGGACGAUGAUAGCAGCGUUACCGAGAAGCCGUCCGAAGUUAGCAGUUCGGAUUCACAGGGUUCUGAAAGCGAAAACGAGAGCGUCCGCAGCGACCCUCACUCGUUUGUAAAUCACUACGCGAACGUGAACGACACGUUACGUCAGUCGUGGAAAAAACAGAAACCAGUAAGAAACUACAGCAGCUACACGGAUUCCGAACCGGAAGGUAGCGCCGUAGUGAGCCUGAACGGUGGCCAGAUCAUCAUGAACAACAUGGCGAGGUCCAGAGCACCGUUGCCAGGAUUCUCAUCUUUCGUGUAAUAUUUCUUUUUAAAUUUAAUAAUAAGUGUGUCAUAAAUGUUUAGUGGAGGUUCGAUGAUGCCGAUGAAUUUAGUGGAGUAGUUCGUUGCGAGAGAAUUUGGGUGAAUGGGUGGUGCGUGAUUUCUGGUGGUUUGACGGUAUUUGGGAUAUCUUAGGUGGCCUUCCUCAGAACAUUAAGCGACUUUUAUGGCUUUGACAUAACUACAUUUACAAAUACACGUUAAUUUGAGUAACACUCUCUGAUGAACGCGAUUGACCUUAGCCAAGGAAAUUAAGACUAGUUGGAAUUGAUCUCGUUUAUCAGAACACAGCGCUACUGAAGUGAUCACUUACUGUAUCGAACAAAUAGUCAUCCCUACACUAGCGCUACAAAGCUCUAUGUUCUGGUCAAGGCAACUCAUUGCUAGAAAUUUUUAUUGCAUUUAUUGGGUUGUAAUGCAACAGCUCCUCGAACAUUAGUCAAGAGAUAUUUGCUUCAUAUUUAUAUCGACAACUUGUGCAUCAAACAAUGCUUUUAGGAAAUAAUAUAAUAAUAAAUAAUCUGUACCUGGAAGCCAUUAAUUCAAAAAGUACAUUUUUAUCCCAAAUAUUUUUAAAAACAAAUUUAUUUUUGUAUAAACAAGAUCCAAACCAUGUCCACGUCUAGCACUUUCUAAGUGCGGGUAUUGUUUUUGUCACAAUCCCAAGUCAUCUAUACCAAUUCUUAUAGCUCGUGCGUAUAUUUAAAUUUUUGAUAAAAAAUGUUGAAAGUAUACUUUAGAUGCUCAGUUAGGUACAUUCUAAUAAUAUCCACCUAAAAAAUAUACAAAUGAUCGUUUCAUCCAGUAUUGGGUCCUCCGUUUUUCUACACAAGAAUAAACAUUUUUGAAUAUAUUUCGGGCUUUAAGAAUGUCUAAAAUUACUUAAUCAUAACGCUGUUAGGCGAGGUAUUGUAGGUAUGGACAUAUUACAAAAGUUAGUGCGUGCUAGCGGAUCGUCUAAAACGUGUAAUUUUCGGCUUCAUGACGAUCGUUUCAUCCAAUAUUGGAUCAUUCCAAAUAACGCUAUUCUCCUUUUUUAGACACAAACAUUUUUGAAUAUAUUCCGAGCUUUAAGAAAUUCUAAAAUUACUGAACUAUAACACUAUUAGGCGGGGUAUUGUAGGUAUGAACAUAUUACAAAAGUAAGUGCGAGGUAGCGGAUCGUCAUUUUCGGCUUCAUGACGAUCGUUUCAUCAUCUAUUGGAUCAUACUAACGCUGGCCUCCUUUUUUGGACAGAAGAAUAAACAUUUUUGAAUAUAUUCCGAGCUUUAAGAAUGUUUAAAAUUACUGAACUACAACGCUUUAGGCGUGGUUAUAGUUUCUUGAUAUUAUGUUGGGUUUAUAAUCACUUUUAACAUAACUUAAUCUAAUUAUGAUCUAUUUGGUUGUGUGGUUUCAUUAUAUUUACUACUCACUUUAAGGUCGAUUUAUAAACUUCUGACGUUGCUGUAUCGUUACCGUAACGCUGCCGCUGGCAGUUAAAAUCAGUUUAUAAACUAGCUAACGCAUAACCGAACCCAAAAUUGCAUUAUUUUCCACAUAUUAGAAGACCAAACUUACCUGUAUACCAUAUGCAGUAUCUUCGUCACUUGCAAUACACAUCUCCUGAUAAUUCAUAUUAUUAUUUAAAUAAACUAUAGCAAACAAUAUCAAGGAAAGUCGCGUCGAUUCCAAAAGCAAAACAAAGCAUAAUAUGUCAUGUCAAACAGAGCAAAAGCACGCGGAAAAACCAGCUGUUCUGUCACAACAAACACGAGAUUUUCAGGUUGCCUUUCAUUGGUUGAACGGGAACGGCAUAACGUUAAAACUUUGUCAAGUGUAGCGGACUUCCCUUUCAUAAACAGUUUAACGUCGAGCUGGUGAUUCAAGUUCUUUGUUACGGAACGUCUAGCACCCCAAAUGCAACCAAAGGUUUUCAUCACAAAAAAUGUCAAUGCAAAUUGUCACUUCACAUCUGCUCAUGCAUGUGUACUUUGUUAUUGUUAUUUUUCCGGGAGAAAUACUACCUGCUCUCUGGGUGCGAUUCAAAGAUCGACUGAACACCGACUGACUGCAAAGGCUUUUUCUCUGCCGUGGCAUUUUAGUGGGGUAGCGGGGUGGAAAAUGGCGACUAAAGGUAGUUCCACGAGAACACUGGGUCGCGUCCGGCGAGGUUGCAUUUUUCCCUGAAAAUGAUCGCAAAAGGAUAAUAUCAGCAUGUAAAAUGUGGCGUGAGAGUUUUUUUGAGCGAUUUCAAUUCGCGGAUUUUUCUUGAAUAUUAAGUGCCUUUUAAGGAAUGGCCUCUUCUUGGAUUUCAAACAAACAGUAUUGCUUCCGUGAGGAUGUAACAUUUGCUUUUCACAGUAAACUGUAACAUUCCUCAGCACGGAUUUUCAAAAUUUGGAAAAUUUUCGAAAUUUGCACGAUAUGCAUUUUCAUAAUUUUGUAGAUUUGAGAAUCCUGAAAAUAUUGAAGAUUUACAAAUCCUAACAAUUUUGGAACAUUAGAAAUCCUGAAAAUUUUUGAAAAAUUGAAAUAUGUUGAAAAUGUUGCAAAUCUCCUAAAUCGUUAUUGUUUGUCUAAAAUUCAAGGAUCAUUCUUCAAACUUCAAUUCUCAACGAAUGGCUAUAAAUAUGACCCUAAGUGAUGUUGAGAAUCUUGGUAGGUUUCGGGACGGGUAAAGACCUGCUCAAUAGCUUGGUAAGUUUGUUACCUCGGUUUUCAACCUGAUGUUCUGUGAGUCAUAUAAGAUUCUUACAAUAUCUGACAAAACGAGGCCUUUUGAUGCGACUUUAGAGCUGACUGCGAAAAAUACUUUUGCUCAGUUUGUAACUAUACAUAAUAUUCGUCUGAGGUUUUGCUAUUACUAUUAUUUGACAUCCGUCAUCAAAUAAUCCCGAACAAUAGUUAUACUUACCUUAAAUAAACUUGUCCAUAGCAUCCAUCCAUUGGUAUUCGCCUUUCUAAUUUGUCAGUCUUAUUCUUUCGUUUGCUCAUUUUUUUGGUAAAAAUAGCAUUGAUUCUGACAGUUCCAACAAAUUUCCAACUAUCAAAUACAUCCAAACCAAUUAAUAUGAUCCACUGUACUAAUGGAUGUUUGGUUCGGUAUCAGUUACGGGUUAGUUAGGGAAGUAAAGUCGCAAUUCAAAUACCAUCAAACCACCGAUUCUUCUUAAUUUUAAGAUUAUCUACUGUAAUAUUUGGACCAAAUGUAGGCAGUUAAUUUCACUGUGAUCUCGUGUGUCCUGGGAUUUUAAACUAUCGGCAUUAUCGAAUCUCUGAAUUAUUUUUAAUUCCACAAGACUUGAAUUUAGAAUUUUAAACUUGUACAUAAAUGUUUCUUUAUAGGAAAAUUGUUACUCUUUAUACAACUUUCAAAAAAAAAAAUGGAAAUAGCUAAAUAUAUUGUACAUAAAGGUAUAUAUCAUCUUAAAACAUAGGCUUUUUAAUCAUUUCAUCUAUCACUGUCAUUUUUAUACGAGCAUGUUGCAUCUCAAAAUUUCAUCAAUAUAAAUGCUCAAUUUGAUUGCUUUCGAGAAGUGCAAUGAUAUUCAACAUACUUAAUUUUCGAGUAUUUGAAUUUUGCCAUUGUAUUAUUCAUUUUAUAUGGCUUUUCUACUUAUUUUAGCUUGUGAUUAUUUUUGGUACUAAAAAUUUUUCCGAGUGAAAAAAUCC